AUGUCUCAUAAGGUUAUUCCACGUCGACUGUCACGAUCAGUGGACAGUCGAAAAUCUCCGCCCAUGUGGGACCGCCUUGUCUCAACAGUCCCCACCUCGCACACCAUGACCACCGUAUGGGAAGAAGAACUUCAAGCACUGUACACCGGCCUCUACCAGAUUCGUCUUGUCAAUUAUGUUACGCUAUCUUGCAUAGCGUUCCUUGUCCAUGACAUCUUAACUAACCUCGACAAAGAGAUUCCAUUCAUCUGGCGGUAUUACCACAACACAGAUGAGACGUUUGUUUGCUGGCACCGCAGACUGCGUCGCAUGCUGGUUCAAGGCCUCUUCAUAUUCGGUCGUUACUACGCUAUUUUUUACCUCGUUUGCAAGGGCUUCUAUUACUACACCAUUUUCGGUGGUGAAAUACUGUACACAACACUUGUCAACGUUAUCCUGGCAAUGCGUCUGAACGUUUUGUUCCGAAUAUUCUAUGGGAUAGAAGGACUCCAAAAAUACCAAUUCUUCCUUGCCACUCUGGUCAUCGUUGAAUUUUUGGUUGAACUGGUUAUAGGCAUCUUGGUGGCUAUAUGGAUUCAGGAGAAAGUUGUCGAACCACCCGCAGGAGUUCCUUGGCCGGGCUGCAUGCUUACAACACUCUUUGGAUUCACGCUACAUCUGCUCUUCUCAAGCAUGAGGUGGCGACUUAAGAGUUUCAGAGAUCUCACGAUCUCCAAUAUAAAAGAAGAGAUUAAGAGCCUCCAGCCAACCACACUAAUGUUGAUUAGAGAUGGUGCGUUGUUCUAUAUCCCUAUGUGUGCGAUGUUACUUGCCUCGGUUGUAGUCGACGCAAUUGACCAUAACUUUCUCUCGCUCGUCACUUCUCCGAUAGUUAUGGUGUUAUACUCCUUCUGCUCCUCGCGAUUCAUCAUUCACACCCGAGAAUGUAUUGCCAAAUCGGCUGGCCGCUGUCAAGUCGAGGCUGUCGAGCAACUACACCUAUCAACAUUGUCUCACGGUCACCGAUGACAUUGAACGGCUCGCCAAUAUAUGCAUGGAUAUGGAAAGCAAGACGGUCGCGCUUCAUUUUUCAUUUUUCUCAAAAGUCAUUUCACUUUUUGUCCAAAGUCUUUCUUCAUUUGGCAAUUUCCACUUAGCAUUUUUUCAUUUUUCACUUCGCGGUUUUGCACUUAGCAUUUUUCAUUUUUUCACUUCGUAUUUUUCACUUUGCGGUUUUGCACCUUGCACUUUUUCGUUUUUUCACUUCGCGUUUUUCACUUUGCGGUUUUGCGAUUUUCGUUUUUCGCCUUUCCGUUUUGCCUGAACUGACUUUGUCGAUUUUUGCAAGUGAAAAUUCGUAUUAUAUAAGCCAAAAACGUUGAAGUCAAAGUAUCAAAAGCGCGAUGACAGAAUGUCGCGCGAGCCAAAACAUCGAACGAACAGCUGAGUAGUAGCUUGUAACUA